AUGUAUGUAAUUUGUAAUGAAAAAGUCAAAAGUGAUCUUCUGGGAAGCUAUAGCAAUGCAAAACACUCUUACAGAGGUCAUCGAUCAGAAUCUGUUAUGUCCACGGACUCAGAUAUUAGAUUUACAAGAAGAAAACUGGGAGAAAAUGAAAGAUGUGGCUGUGCUUUAAUCGCUGGCUUUUUAGCCACACUUCUUUUGGCUGGAGCUAUUGUCUACAUUGGAUACACGUAUUUUCGUCCAGAUCCGUUACCUGACAGAGUAUUUAGAGCAAGAUUUAGAGUUAUUAAAGGUGAUACGUGGCAGCCAGAAUUGGCUGAUCAAAAUUCUUUACGGUUCCAGCACUUAUCCCGAGACUAUCGGGAAAGGAUUAAUUUGGUUCUGAGGCGAUCUGAUCUCAGGGCGAUGUAUGAGGGAUGUGAAAUUCUUGCAUUGGAUGGAAUUGACGAUCAAAAUGAUCUAACAGUACAUUUUAUCCUGCAUUUUGAUCCUUAUCGAGGCUUGGUGUCAGCUGCUGAUUUACAUGCAAUCUUCACAGAAGAAUUUGAAGCUCGUAGACCUCGAUAUUUUAAUAAUAUAACUAUAGAUCUAACCUCAUUAGAUUUUCAAGAGAUGCUGGGAAAUUUUGACGAUAUCUCAGGAACUUCUUCAUCGCCUUUAGGAAGAAAAGAUGAUAUUCAAAAUAGCACAAUAAUAGUGAAGCAUUCUCCCCGACGAUGUGAACCGGUGCGACUUCUGUAUUGUCGUAAUAUAGGAUACAAUUUAACAACAUAUCCCAACUUACUUGGACAUAUGUCUUUCGAAGAAGUCGAGCAAAAUGUGAUUGCAUUUAGAGAACUUGUGGAUGCAGAAUGUUUUCGGCAAGCUUUCGAUUUCGUAUGUAGACUCUUACAACCACCAUGUGAACAACGAGAACCUCUUGAACCACAAGUUGGACAAGUGUGCCGAAGAUAUUGUCAGGAGUUUUUAAAUGGAUGCGGAAAUCGUUUACCAAAGAAAUUCAGGAAAUAUUUCAAUUGUGAAAGAUUUCCUGAGUCUACAGGCAGUCAAACAUGUCGAAGUCGACCAGAAUGUGUGGCAGAUCUUCAAUCACAUGCUCUAUCAUCGAGGCUUUGCGAUGGGAUUGCGGAUUGUCCAGAUCUUAGUGAUGAGAUAACCUGUUCAUUCUGUCCGGAAAAUUCUCUUUAUUGUGGGCGCGGAAGGGCAUGUAUCUCUAGGAGGUUGCGUUGCGAUGGUAAAGCUGAUUGUCCAGACGGAAGUGACGAGAUGGAUUGUUUAUCAAUUGCUCCUUUGGUGUCACAUGUGUCGAGACCAGUACCAUUAACUCCGCACAGAAAUAAAUUCUAUAACGAAGGUUUUGCCAUAUUUUCGGAGAAGGGGAUAACUGGAAAAUUAUGUGCCGAAGGUUUAGAUUCAGAAAAGGACACAAUAGUUCGGAAUACUGUGGCCGAGUCAUUGUGCAAGGCUCUUGGUUAUCAAAACUUGCUGCAUGCGGAAGUGCGGAGUGAUAAUGAACCCAAUAUUACUUAUGUUCGCGUUUUUAAUCCUCGAACACCUGAAAUAUCGUUUGUACGGACCAAUUGCAGAAAGAGGCUGGCAUUAUAUCUAAAGUGUGAUAAUUUGGAAUGUGGAGUUCAAUCAUUGUUCUCUGGAAGUCGCACGAUGACUCUGUCAAAAAUGAGUGCCCCCGGAGAUUGGCCCUGGCAUGUGAGUCUCUAUAGAAGUGAUAUCCAUGUGUGUGACGGCACUCUUGUAUCUGAUGAGUGGGUGCUUACAACGGAAGGAUGCUUUCAAGGUCAGUCGAAAGCAACAUGGAUGGCGGUUUUUGGUUCAGUAAGACUUUCAUCAUCUCCACCAUGGAUGCAACGAAGGAGGAUAAUUGGCAUGGUGAAAUCACCUGUAGAGGGUUCGACAGCAGCUCUUAUUCGUUUAGAGACGCCAGUUCAAUAUUCAGAUUUUGUUCGACCUGUUUGUCUUCCCGAUGAUAUCCAAAAAAAUCGUAUUCUGUCUACAACGCGAUUAACUAGUGGAAGAAAUCGUCCACAAGCUGAAAAAUUAAAAAAUAUUCUCAUGGAUUUUGAAAUAUUGUCAUCAUCUGCUCGUCGAAAGAUUAAAGUCAAUAGGGAUUAUUUUAGCAGUCCAGCCAAUGAUGCUAGUGGCAGUGAAAAUAUUUAUCCUCGAGCUCUACAUGAGGAAUUUGAAGAAAUUGAUUUACCAAAGGCAGAGUCACUUAAUAGUCCUUUAUUCAGCAAAAAUUAUCCCCUACCCAACAAUUCGCCACAAACUCUGGAGUAUGAGGAACGAAGUAAUGCAUUCAAAGAGUCCCAAUAUUCAUCCCUUACUAAUCCGUCGAUUGCAAUGGUACACUAUGCAAAUGCUGCAGUUGCUGAUGUGGCUAAUACUCGGGUGCAAUCUCAUCACUGGACCAAUUGCAAUACACUUGGAUGGGCAAGACAAAGAGAUCAUUUGCAGCGAGUUCAGCUCAAAAUUGGUGAUAUGGAGGCGUGCGAAAAUGUUUCAAUUGCAACAGUUAACAGCAUGUGCACAGAGACAGCUUAUCAUAAACAAGAUUGUAUGGAGGAAGAAUUUGCGGGAAGUCCAGUGCUGUGUCUGCUUCCUGAUAAUAAACGAUGGGCCCUAGUCGGAAUAGCAUCUUGGCGAAUUGCAUGUGCUAUUAGUGGGACCGAACGGCCUCGAAUGUACGAUAAGAUAUCAUCAAACUCUGCAUGGAUUCGAGAUAUAAUCAGUGCAACGUAACCAUAAAUUUUAUAAACUUUGUAUUUUUAUAGGAAAAAAUUAAAUUAUAAAUUGAUACUUAUUUAAUAAAUUAAACUAAAUCGGUUUGUAAAUAAAUAAA